UCCUGAGGCCGUUGCGACUGCGCGGGCAGCAUGUGGUGCGUCCAUCGCCGUGGACCUUUGCACACGUCGACUGCGCCUUGCUCCUCGUUUCUGUGUGCAGGACUGUAAGCAGAGAAAAGGGGCCACCUUUCGACGGACGUCUUCGGCUUCUUCGUCAGGUGCGGAAGGACGACACAGAUGACAGCGGAGGGACGGGUCCGUGUCCACGUCGCGGCUAUGGAGGGCGGCGGAGAGGGUAGACGUGAUGUGUUGACGCCUCGUGAGCUGCAGGCCGUGGCGGCGGCCGUGUCCACGAUCGUUCUUCGAUGUCAGCAGGAGAGGGCGCUAGGGCGACUGAAGGAGCAGUUGCGCGCGCGUAGAUGGAGGACAUUGACACAAGGUCUGGACGAUGGGGCCGAAUACGUGGCGACGUCGGAUACUGUUGUUCAGCUGUGCUACGCGUUGGGUUGCGGAGUGAUUCCUCGUGCGACGCCGCGGUGGUGGGUGAAGUGCAGGACAGGAGGCACGUGGGAAGAGCUCAGGCAAUGCGACGACGUGACAAACGUGGGAAGACACCGCACUGCGUUGCCGAUUGCUCGCUCCGGAGGUUGUGGCUGUCGGUCUGCCGUUGGCAAGUCGUCGAUCCAUCCUCUUGGCGUUCUUGGAAGAUCGCCUUCUGCGAGCCGCGACCAGGAUGAGGCCGACGAAACACACAUGGAAGAAGACAACGACGAGAAGCAGCACGACGACGAGGAGCAGCAAAGGCAGCCUGUGCAGCAGGUCGGCCAUGUAAGGGCCGUUGAAAGGGCAACAAACCGACGCUUUAAGAUCGAAUCAGAGCUAGGCACUCGAUGUGUAACAGCCAACUACACUGCUAAUGGGACAGCACCUUAUGUGAGGACUCCCAUAGACUUCAGUACCAUACCUUUUGGGAGCCUUCCAGCUAUGGCGCCUCCUCCCUCCGGACAUUCGUCCACCCCAACCGCUCCUGAUGGUCUACUUGAUGAAGAGAGCACACCAACAGAGUCGGAACGCAUCGAACAGCUGGGAUUCAAUCUUUCAGCGCUCGUGCCCCCUCCCGAGGGCGUGGGAAAGGCAGUCAAGGUCUUAAAUCGCGGGGAGAAUGUGACAUCUCCUGUGGUGUUGGAGGCGGUCCUUAAGAUUAGCCUCAUCACACGCAAAGCUUUAUCUAGCUUGGCAACUACUACUUGUCCCCUUGUGUCCUCAGAGUCUGCCCAACGCAUCAAAUCUGCAGCAACUGAGGAAGGGAGUCGCUCAGCACAGGCCAUUGCUCGUAGCGCUGACGGUAUUCUACAAUCCAUCGCACAAAUUGUGGAGGCAGCUAUGGAAGUUGUUCACGGCGUGGAAUCCAUCACGUUUGGCAUUGCGGAGGUCAAUCAGGGACAUUACGAUGAAGACGUCAAGCACCAGAUUGCCUCUGGAUCAUCUGUGGUAAACGAAGCCGCAAGGGAAAUCUCAAGACAGGCCAACAAUGUUAAACGCAAUGUCAACGAGAUACUUAAACUGGCAUCGUCACUCUCAGACACAACAGUGGCAAAGACGGUGAUCCAGGAGACACAGAAGAUUAGCUCCUUGAUCUUGACGACGAUGAGCGCAGGCGUGGAAAUCAAGGAGACUGCUGAGACAAUCCGCAAAGAAAGCAGUUUCAUAUCAAAACAGGGCAUUUUGAGGCCGCGAGGUAUCGCAGUCACAGGGAGAGACGAAUGGGAGCAAGCUAUUGGAACAAGUGUAGCAUGGGUGUCCUCAAUUGGGCACCUGGGCAUGCCGGAGUUGCACCAGGUAGGUGUGCUGGGUUUGAGCCUUGCGUCAAAUUAAAAAUUGGCUAUCUGUCUGCUGCCUCAGAGAGAAGCAGUCUUAGACUGUCUGACUAUAAUUAAAGCCAAGGAACGGUAAUGGCAAUUGCCCCA